ACAACGGACACCAUACAAAACAAAAGAAACGAUAAUCUUCGCCGCUAGGGAGUUAAGUGGCAUCCACCAACGGCCGCUCAGAUGAGAGGUGGGAACAGAGGCGGCGGCAGAGGCGGUAGAGGUGGUUUCAAUAACCAGAAUAAUCGCGGUGGUGGAAGAGGGGGCGGUUUCAACAAUCAGGGUGGCAGAGGUGGAUUCAACAACAAUAACAGAAACAACAACGGCGGAAACAACAAUCGGGGAAGAGGUGGGUUUAACAACACUAACAACAACAACAACAGAAACAAUAAUGGCGGCAGAGGGGGGUGUAAUAAUAACAACAACAACCGCGGUGGAAAAGGCGGUGGCUUCUUCAACAACAAGGGAAACAACAAUAAAAACAACAACAAUAACAACAACGGCAAUGGCAAGAACGGCAAGAAGAACAAGAAAGUCAAUUGGUAUCGCCCACUCCUCGAUCCAUACGACUUCGAAGACAAUUCGGCCAGGGUGUUGUGGGGCUGGGGGUUUGACAGCAGUAAGGCCCCGGAACCCGAGGAUAUAGAGAUGACGGACGCGCCUCCAUUGAAGGAUCCCGAGCCUGAAGAUGAUCUUACCAUGGGAGGCGUCUCUGAUGACAAGGACUCUGAUGUCUCGAUGGGGGGCUGGUCCGACUCAGAGUCUGAUUCGGAUACCUCGAUGGGGGGGCAGUCGGAUUGGGGAGCACAUGGGCGGCGACUGUCUGAUUCAGAUAUCUCGAUGCGAAGUUGGUCCGAUUCGGACUCUGAUACCCCCAUCGGGGCUUGUGCUAACCCAGAUACUUCAAUAGGCGAGGAGUCCGACCCAGACACCGCGGUGGGAGUCCGUUUUGAGUUGUUCAAGUCGUGCAAAGGCCGUCCUGGUACACCAGUUCCCUCGAGAAGAUCAAGCUCGAGCUCGGAAGCCUCGAGCGAUUUAUCAGAUCCGGCCUACUUACCAGACGACGAUGAGGAUCCAGAUGACGAAGAGGACCAAGACUAUGCCUCCAAGCCAGGGAAACAAGCCCCAACCGACCCUUGUGAACAGGUGUAAUCAAGAAGCUAUUGAAGGAUCCUGUUGUUGGACAUUUAACUUACCGUGGAUGGACUUGUUGUAUA